AGUUGAAACAAAAAGUUCUGUGGAAACUUGAGACAGAAUCUCUGCCAAAUCAACCUGCUAAUGUGAAGAUUAGCAAAUGGUUGCCACAGAGUGACAUUCUCGCUCACAAAAAUCUGAAGUUCUUUAUCACUCAUGGAGGAAUGAUGAGUAUUCAAGAAGCCCUUCACUUUGCUGUCCCACUUCUUAGAGUUCCUAUACAUGGUGAUCAAGAACCAAACUUGUUGAAAGUGCAAAGUCUUGGAUAUGGAAUUAUGCUUCUGCUUAAUAACAUCACUGAAAAAUCAUUUCAAUGGGCAGUAAAUGAGCUACUUCUGAAUCCAAGAUAUGUAGAGAAUGCGAGAAAGUAUUCAAAACUGUUUCAUGACCGUCCACAAAAACCCCUGGAUACAGCUGUCUACUGGACAGAAUAUGUUUUACGUCACAAGGGAGCCUACCACAUGAGGUCUGGGGCACUGGAUCUGACAUGGUACCAAUACUUCCUACUAGAUGUCAUCUUCUUCCUACUGGUUUGCAUUUUAAGUGCAUUACUGGUAAUGACAAUAACAAUAAAAUAUGUUGUUAAGUACAUCUUUGGUACCAAACAUUCAGCUUCUGAGAAGAAGAAAAGUGCAAAAAAUGACUAGGUUUUUGACAUUUAAAGAAAAAUAUUGAUGAUUUUUUGGCAGUAAGACAGUACAUAUAAAAUAAUUUAUGUUUGACUGGCAUUUUCAAUGAUCAACAAGAUCACAUAUCUAACAAAAUUUACAAAGCUGUGAUUAUUUGAAUGAAAAAUGUGUACACAUGUGCUAACUACUGAACAUUGUGCUUUACAUAUUACUAUGAUAGCAUUCUAUCACUUGGUAUAAAAUUUUGAAUUUCAUAACAUGAACUGCAGAAGGCAUAUGUAAUUACCUAGUUAUGAUUGUCUGAUUAUUUACAAAGGCUUUAAUACAUUUAUUACACUUU